UUUAUAUAGUUUUGGUCCAAAUUAUUCGUUUGGCAUGGACAUUGUCAGUUUGGAUAUACAGCGAAGCCGCGAUCACGGUAUUCCAAGCUAUACCCAAUUUAGAAAAUAUUGUGGUCUAAAAGAAAUUGAAACUGUAGAAGAUUUGUCUGAGAUCAUGGUGGAAGGUGCAGCUGAUAGAUUACUGAAACAAUACCAAAAUUGGAAUGAUAUAGAUCUUAUGGUGGGUGCAUUGUCUGAGAAACACGCCGAUGACGCAAUGGUUGGCCCUACGAUGAGGUGUAUCAUCAGGGAACAAUUUGUAAGAACUAGAAAGGCAGAUAGAUAUUUUUAUGACGCACCAGGAGUGUUCAACAAAUAUCAACUGGCAGAAAUCAGAAAAUUCACUCUUGCCAAAUUAAUUUGUCUUAACGCCAAUAAUGUUACAACAGUUCAGGAACAAGUAUUUUUGAAACCGGCUUCAACUGCUGAAUUAAAACUUUGUAAUGAUGAAAAAGCAAUUCCGCGCAUCUUCGUUAGUCGUUGGGCAGAAUUGGCGCAAACAAUUUCAGAAUAAUCUCGUACAAAACAUUGAUAAAUUUAUUUAUAAUUUAUUAAUGUCAAAAAAUCAAAAAAAAAUCAAUUUUUAAUAACUAUACUUUUUUUAAUUUAAUAAUCGCUUAAAAAUUAGUCGAAUCUUUUCGCACAGUAUAUGUAAU